CCAAACUCCGGCCUUCCUCUCUAAUUAUUAUUAGAGGUCUACCUUUCAGGAAUUCUCCUCUAUGAAUCUUUGGAUGUCACGCCAACGGGAUCCACUUGUCAUUGCAUUAAUAAAAGCAUCCAAUGAUUAGGAUUGUGAACGCAAGGUAAAGCGGCAGAACGUCCGAGAGGUGAUCUGAGGAUUACGUUACCGUGCUGGAAGGGUUUGGACUUGGCUUCGGUGGCCCGCUUUCUUGCUGUCCUCGUGGGACUUGGAUUGACACCUUACCAGAAGUGCCUCAGGGCCAAGCGAUACCCUCUUCUUCCUCUCGACCACCAUCAUGCCGCCACCACCACCGCCUCCUCCUCCGCCCCCUCCCGUAUGCUUUCCUUUUGGCUCGAAAAAAGAAAAACGGAGGCUUUCGUUUUCGAGCAUGUCGGUACCGCCAAUGGCUGGAUCAGCAUCACAGCUGGAUAGGUCGCAGUCACAACAUUCUAAGGCUUCCUUUACAUCGGCCUCCAGGUCUUCAACAGCUUCCAGAUCUACCUCAUCUUCCAUGACUGCCUCCGUAGACAACCUCACCUUCGUAACAGAUUCCGAGAAGUACGAUGAUGUCCCCAAGGAGCUCCCUCCGCUUGAAAAGUCGGGCAAGAGUGGCCGCCUGCAGCGUUCAAACACGAUGACGGGCACGAAGAAGUCAACACUGUCUAACAGAUGGGGAUAUGGGUGGGGAUUGGGGAAGAAGAAGGAAGUGGAGCUUGCCAGGGAAAUGUCACAGUCGCAGCGAUCGAGGACCCCUUCUGUCGACCUUCCAAUCUACCAGCCUCCCGUCCGCCAGAACUCUCAAUCGACGCAGGCGAGUCGAAGCACCCAGAACACCCAGAACACUCAGAACACCCAGAACACGCAAAGCACACACCGCAGCAAAUCAGCGCAUCGUUCGAAUUCGAAUCACUCAGGCCGCAGUCAAGGCUUCGAAAGGCCCCGCGGAGUCAAUGAUUCUUCAAGUACACUUGUCGGGUCCGCGCUUGAACGUAAAAACACUUUCGCUGACUCUUUGCGGGAUGUUGUGCACACGUCGGAGAGAUUGGCGGAGCUACGGAAACAGAUGGAGAAAGAACAACUGGAUUUCUACGUUGUACCAAACGAAGAUGCUCAUGGGUCUGAAUAUGUGGCGGAGAGCGACAAACGAAGAGAAUACAUCUCAGGAUUUUCGGGAUCUUCGGGACAGGCCAUCGUCUCUAAGACGGAGGGUUACCUCAUCACUGAUUCUCGGUAUUGGACGCAAGCAUCAGAGCAACUGGAUGCAAAUUGGAAGCUGGUUCGCGCCGGUGCUUCAGGGGAGCCAAAAGAUUGGAUAGAUUGGCUUGUGGCUCACGCCCAGAGUUCAAGAAUUGGCAUAGACGGACGUAUGCUGCCGUACGAGCAGGCUAUGCUUAUUAAUUCCAAGAUUAACCCAAUGGGAGGGAAAUUGGUGUAUCCUGUUCAGAACCUUAUCGACUUGAUAUGGAAAGGCAAACCCACUAGGUCGAAAGAGCCCGUUUUCCAGCAGCCAAUACAAUAUUCAGGCGAAGAAGCCUCUUCCAAGAUUGCCAAGGUGCAGGCGUGGAUCAAAAACCAGCCUCCUGAUGUCCCUUCAUACUCUCGCUCUGAGCCAAAGCCAUCACAAUAUCAAGUUGGGACGCUCGUUACUGCCUUGCCUCAAAUAGCUUACCUAUUGAAUCUCCGAGGUUCAGAUAUACCAUUCAAUCCGCUUUUCCACGCAUAUCUCUUCAUCGGACUUGAUAACGCUAUCCUAUUUUUGGAGGGAUCCAAAGUACCUGAAAACAUCGCCUCUUACUUGGAUAAAUUAAAGGUAACGCGGCGAGACUACAGCGAAAUCUGGGCCUUCCUGCGCAAGAGAGAAUGGGGUGAAGGCAAGAUUAUAAUAUCACCGCAGUCUUCUUAUACUAUCUCGCUUGUGCUGUCGCACUACCGGUGCAGUGUUCUGCCGUCGCACGUGGAAUACAUGAUUUCCGUUAAGAACGAAACAGAGUUGAAGGGACUCAGAAGAGCAUACACGCGGGAUGGGGUUGCCUACGUCCAGUUCUUGGCUUGGCUCGAAGACAAGCUGAACGCCGGCUACGAUAUCACAGAAUGGGAAGCCGCACAACGCUUAACAGAGUUCCGCAGGAAACAGGAGCAUUUCAUGGGCCUUGCUUACCAGAACAUUUCCGCGAGCGGACCGAACGCUGCUCUUCCCCAUUACUCGCCUCGCAAGUCAGAAGCACGAAUGAUUGACAAGAUCACUCCGUAUCUUAACGACUCGGGAGGACAGUAUCUAGACGGGACAUGUGACACUACUCGAACCAUACACUUUGGUCGACCAGACGUGGAGCAAUGUGAAGCGUUCACAAGGGUUCUGCAGGGCCAUAUUGCAAUCGAUACCGCUGUGUUCCCGGAAGGUACAUCUGGCCGUCAACUAGAUGUUUUGGCACGUCGAGCCCUAUGGAAGGAAGGCUACAAUUACCUGCACGGAACCGGUCACGGCUUUGGAUCAUUCCUGACCGUGCAUGAGGGUCCGCAAGGAUUUUCGAGUAAUGUGCCUUUGAUACCUGGACAUGUCGUCACCAAUGAACCUGGGUUUUACAAUGACGGGAAGUGGGGUAUUCGUAUUGAGUCGGCACUCGCUGUGCGUCGUGUCACGACCCGGGGAGAAUUCAAUGGCCCGAUUUGGCUCUCGUUUGAACGACUGACCUGCGUCCCUAUACAGACGCGCAUGAUCAAGGAUAGCAUGCUGACCAAGGAAGAGAGAGCAUGGAUAAAGGAUCACAAUGCUGAUUGUUUCAAGAAACUGAAGCCUCUGCUGCAGAAUGAUAAGCGGGCACUAAGAUGGAUGGAUCGUGAAUCCAAGCGUGAAAUUGGCCUUGCUGCUCCGGGUCCUGGAGGUCUGGUUGUUGACUGGGGUUAACGCAGCGGCUUUUCUUCUAUCUCUCUUCCUUCACUCUCUGGGAAUCUCCUCUCACUGUACAUAUGCUUUCGGAUCUAUAUAACGGCUUGGAUUACUUACCUAUCUAUAUCAUUUUAUUUAGGAUGACCCUUCUCUAUCUAACUGUUCUUGGAAUUCCCCUCUAAUACUCUUGCUGGACACCCUUUUCACUUACGUAUGUUAGAUGUUGUACAGCAUGUCUAGUAGCUUCUUCAAGAUGAAUGUAGUUUUGUGUACAUAUCUUGAUGAACAGUCCCGAGUCGUGACAAGUAUUCGUAUUGUUGCUAUAUUGCAUUCU